AUGUCAGACUCCCUGAGAAACAUUUCCUCAGCCAGUCAUGGCCCACGCUCUUCUCCAGCCGAACUCAGCAGCUCCAGCCAGCACCUGCUCCGAGAACGGAAGUCCUCAGCCCCCUCGCACUCCAGCCAGCCCACUCUGUUCACGUUUGAGUCCCCCAUGUCAAACCACAUGCAGCCUGCUCUGUCCACCAGUGCACCUCAAGAGUAUCUCUACUUGCACCAGUGCCUCAGCCGGAGAACAGAAAACGCAAGGAGUGCCAGCUUCUCUCAAGGCACCCGGCAGAAGAGUGACACAGCUGUGCAGAAGCUUGCCCAGGGUAAUGGACACUGUGUCAAUGGGGUCAGUGGGCAAGUCCAUGGCUUCUACAGCCUUCCCAAGCCGAGUCGGCACAAUGCAGAAUUCAGAGACAGUACUUAUGACCUCCCUCGGAGCCUGGCCUCCCAUGGUCACACCAAGGGCAGCCUCACCGGGUCGGAGACAGAUAAUGAGGACGUGUACACCUUUAAGACGCCCAGCAACACCCUGUGCCGGGAGUUUGGGGACCUCCUAGUGGACAAUAUGGAUGUUCCAACCACCCCACUCUCAGCCUACCAGAUCCCCAGGACAUUCACACUGGACAAGAACCACAACACCAUGGCAGUGGCUACUCCUGGGGACUCAGCCAUAGCUCCUCCACCCCGGCCCCCAAAACCCAGUCAGGCAGAAACUCCUCGAUGGGGCAGUCCUCAGCAGAGACCUCCAGUCAGUGAAAACAGCAGGUCUGUUGCGGCCACUAUCCCCAGGCGCAACACCCUCCCUGCCAUGGACAACAGCAGACUCCACCGAGCUUCUUCCUGUGAGACCUACGAGUACCCCUCCCGAGGUGGGGAAUGUGCAGGCCGGUCUGCAGAGUCCAUGAGCGAAGGAGUCAGUCCUUUCCUGCCAGGGAAAACUAUGGUGGGCCGCUCAGACAGUGCCAGUUCCGAAGACAACUAUGUACCCAUGAACCCGGGUUCUUCCUCCCUGCUAGCCAUGGAGCGGGCAGGCGACAAUUCCCAGAGUGUCUACAUCCCCAUGAGCCCAGGGCCCCAUCACUUUGACCCACUGGCCUACCCAUCCACAUCCCUUCCUCUGCACAGAGGCCCCAGCCGAGGAAGUGAAAUCCAGCCACCCCCUGUCAACCGGAACCUCAAGCCUGACCGCAAAGCAAAGCCAACACCCCUUGACCUGAGAAACAAUGCUGUCAUCGAUGAGCUCCCAUUCAAGUCACCUGUCACCAAGUCUUGGUCCAGAGUUAACCACACCUUUAACUCCAGCUCUUCCCAGUACUGCCGCCCCAUCUCCACACAGAGCAUCACCAGCACGGACUCGGGAGACAGCGAGGAGAACUAUGUCCCCAUGCAAAACCCAGUGUCUGCAUCCCCUGUUCCCAGUGGCACCAACAGCCCAGCCCCUAAGAAGAGCACUGGCAGUGUUGAUUACCUGGCCCUGGACUUCCAGCCGGGCUCCCCGAGCCCUCACCGCAAGCCCUCCACGUCAUCUGUCACUUCAGACGAGAAGGUAGACUAUGUCCAAGUGGAUAAAGAGAAGACCCAGGCCCUGCAGAACACCAUGCAGGAGUGGACAGAUGUGCGGCAGUCCUCAGAGCCUUCCAAGGGCGCCAAGCUGUGAUGAGGGGCCAAGAAGCAACUGGAAGCUGGCUCCUCCCCCCACUUCCGCUCCCACCCCUCUCUUACCCCCCUCCACCCCACCAACCUCAGCCUUCAAGCAUUUGACAUCAGGGACCCCGACCCUUGGAGGUGAGGGCCUGAUGGAGGCACGUAGGGCAGACCCGCAGUGACUUCUGUCAAUCCUGGCAGUGCCUCCACCCACCUUAGUUAGGAGCUGUUGCCAAAAAACCUCCUCCUGUUCUCAGGGCCUGCCUGUCUACUGCCUGGAGCCUUGGAGGGAAGGAGCAGGGCUCUGAGCCAGACUCCACACACCUCACAUUUGGUCACAGCCCUCCACCCUUUCCCUUCCCUCAGGGCUAUCUCUCCAGUCCCAGAGGACAAUCCAGGGAACCAAGGACCCCAUCAAAGUGGACAUGGACUUUUGGCUGUAUGGUUAUAGGCAGGGCAGGUCACCAGAAGAUGAAGUAGAUAAGAGUGAAGGUCAGAGGUAGUGUUGAGGGACCAAGGAAUUUGAUGUCAGAUGCACAAGGACAGCGGAUACCUGCAGAGUUCCCCUGCUUUCAGGCCAAGGCUAUGGCGGGGCCACUGCGGUGGAAUGAAUGGGCAGCAGAAGGAUAAAGGACAGGACUGAUAAGCUAUAAAGAAUGAGGUACCAGGCGUGGCGUGACCAGGGUGCUACACAAUCAGGGCCCCAGAACUGGUGCUCUAGGACUGCUCUGGGACAGUAGCAGGGUGAGUGGGUUGGGAAAAUGGGAGAAGUAGCAGGGAGGGAGGGGUGUUAGAGGCGACGCAGGAGCUGGGGGACAUGAAUAGGAUGUGCAGGGCCGUGCAGCAAAUAAAGUUUCUGGGAGGUGUAAGACACAGAGGUGACCUAAGACAGGGGCACAGGGCCACGGAACAAGGGAGGGCAUGGUAAAGAACCUGAGGCAGUCAGGACACAGGGCUGCUGGAAGAAACAAAGUGAAAGAGUGACCUGAGGGGGGAGAGAGAGAGACACACACACACACACACACACCGCCCCCCCCCCCACUGAGGAUGGCUGGAAAACAGCACCCUUCCCAGAGACAUAUGGGGUAUGGCUGAUAGACACAACAGGUCUCAAAACUGGAGCAUAACUGGCCUCUGCCAGCCCCAGUGUUUUCUCAGCUCCUCGCACCUCUGUGCUCCCAAGAAGGUCAGUGCUAGACUUAGACUUGGCUACAUGGAUGGAAGAAGCCUCUUUCCUCUUCCCCCGAGCUUCGGAGUUUAUGAGAUGGGCGAAGAGGAGGAGGAGGGGUGCUCCUGAGUUAUGACGGGGAAUAUGAUGUUGUUGUUGUUCAAAGUUCUGGACCAAAUUAUCAAGUUUCAGAGGCAGUGGGGCAGACCAGAGAUUUCAUUUUUUUUCUUUGCUCCUAGGAGCACACACAUGGCCCUCUGGGAAGCUCCAUCCUCAGUAGCUUUCCUCAACUAGCCCUUUAGCAGUAGUUCAGUGCAAAUCAAGAGCCAUUUUGUUGUGUUGGUUUGGGUUUUUUUUUUUCCCUAUAGCUAAACUCUCGGUUUGGACCCCAAGGCCACGAGGUUAAUCUCACACUUUGUCCCUGGAGGUCAGAAAGAAAAGGAUAAAGUGCUGAUGGAGUGUUGAGGUGGGGAGGCCGAGGCAAGUAAGGAGGAGGAGACAGGGAAGGCAAUCUAGGAAGAGAGCUUGAACUAAGCCUUAGAGAAGCAGAGUGCGAGUUUCACAGAACAGGCAGCCAGGGGCUGCGUCCCCACAAGAAGGAAGGAGACACUGGACAAACCCUGGCAUGGGCUCACUCAAGUGUCUGACUUCCUAUGGGUGAAAGGCUAACUGUGGCUGCACUGGGCAGGUUUUUGCAGGUUGCUGGUUUACUCUGUGUGUACCAUGUUGUGUGUGUGCCAUGUGGAAAGUUCAAGGUCUGAGGGGAGGCCUCCAUCUUACAAUCAGUCCCUACCACUUCCCAAAGCAUAGGGUGGAAGCAGGUGUGAAGGUGGAAAGAUGGACAGGAGCCGAUAGCUAUGGAAAGCAGAGUUCACAAGCCCCAAACUACCAGCCAUGUAUCACGUGCCCACCAAAACAAGUGUCGACUCAGUUUAAGAAGCACACCCUUUGGCCUAUCCACAUGGUUCAAAGUCCUCUCCUAGUAGCCUGACACGGACUGAGGCCCCAGAAUGGACAUACACUCUCACCUAGCAUAGCUCACAGCUCAUCCUAAGAGCCUUCACCUCUACAGGGUUACAGAAAAGUUGGCGACUCCCUGGGAUCCAGGAUCGGUAGACUGAGGCUCCUGCCCUCCCCCAGCUGCUUUAAGGGGAACUCCCUGCUCUGUAAUUUCUCGUACAGGGUCCAGCAGCCCCCAGCGUUGUCUGCCCUGCCCUAGCUUGAUUUUGGUGACUUCUACACUUGCCCUGUUCUUAACAGAAGCACCCACCACUCUGAAGUUACUGGAGCUGGCGAUCAAUUCCAGCCUGGCCAGGGGCCCUUUACCUGUGCAAACUGUGUUCUAGCUACCCUGCCUUCCCCUCUUCUCCUUUCCCCGCCGCCGACGGAACUCCAUAGGAGUGCAAGACUAGAGAGAAUUAGCGCUGCCUUCCUGUCUACCCGGGCCUUCCGCUGUAGACUGUGGGGAAGUGAAGCUGAUUCAUGGGGCCAUCUUUCUGGGACUUGUCCAAUUCUUUGGGGUCUGGGACCAGAGGCCUCCCUGCGGCCAGGGGCCUGACGGAAGAUUUUGUGCUGUCAUGUGGUAACUGGUGGUGUGUGUUUUGUGUAAUUUGUUGAUUAUUGUGUUUUCAAAAUUAGAAUUCACAGAACUGUGGCUGUUGGGAAGAGAAAAAAUGGGCUAGGCGCAACCUAGUCUUAGGUUGUCUUAAUACCAUUUAAAAAUUGACAUUUAAUUUUUCAAAUCACUGUUGGUGCCUAAUCACUUAAGUUAUUAAUUUAUUCUGUUUUCAAAAACUUUGUAACCCGUAUUUAUCUUGUGAGUAGUCAGGGGUGGGACGGGAAAUGUGUUGGAGUGGGUCAUGUUUUUGCCGUGGUGACACAUGGUACAGGCCUGGAGCUUGCAGGUCCCUUUUUACUGUGGUGUUAGAACAGGACAACAAAAAUAAAGUCCUU